UAGAUGUCGUAUCUAGUAUGCGCCAUGGCGUUAUGUACCUGCAACUUAUGUUUACCUCGUGGUGGUAUAAGGGUGGAUAGAAAAAACCGCUUACCUUGUUUUGCAUGGUUGAUUGGGCUUGAUGAUGUGAAGGCUUUGACUCUGUCCAGUAUCCAUUCUUCUUCCUAAGGGAUAAGUGCACUAUUUGCUGCAUUUGAAGAAAUGGAGAUGGCGACUAAAAAUAUAAAAUGGACACAAACUGAGAACGAAAGAAUUAUUGAACAGGAAUGUCAUGACAGGCUAAGUAGUCUGCCCUCUGAAAUCCUGGACCACAUUCUAUCAUUUCUCAGCAUGAAUGAAGUUGUGAAAACCGGCGUGCUGUCAAGAAAAUGGAGAUAUUUCUGGCAUUCGACACCAUGCUUGAACUUCGAUUUUAGAGAUUUCUGGAACCAGGAGCGCUUCCUAAAUUUGAGUUACAAUGAAUGCGUGAUAAAAUUUUGGGUAUUUGUCAAGUGCGCUAUUGUGAUCAGAUCACCCAUUUGUAGACUGCGGCUCUACUGUGAAGCCUGUGAUACCAUUCAGCUUGAUUCGCUUUUAUAUCUUUGCGCCUUGAAAGAAGUCCAAGAACUUGAUAUUUUUACUGGAUAUGGAAUCCUGCAGUGUCCAGUUCAUUGUGGUGUACCAACUCACGUUGAUGCAUUUAUACAGGGCGUGAAUAGUCUGGUUGAGUUGCAACCGUUGGCAAGCCUUUCAAAUCUCAAGACCCUAAAUUUGGUUGGGGUCCAGUUUGAUGAUUCUGAUAUAGCUGAGAAUGUGUUCAGUGAUUGUGGUGUUCUUGAAACUUUAUCUCUGGAAUAUUGUUGUUUUGUGAUGAGAAAACAUCUCAAUAUUUCUGCCAAUAAGCUUAGGACUUUCAACUUUGUAAACAAUGGCCCUUAUUGGUGGGAUUAUAGGUGCAUGUUCGACGGUGAGCUGGAACUUCAUACUCCAAACCUUGUAUCUUUCUGGUAUAUCGGGCCAGUGCUACAGCUUAGUCAAUCCUCAGAUAUGCUAUUUUUGAAGAAUGCCUCCAUUGAGCUCCGAUAUCAAAAUACACCAGGGGACUUAGGUGCUAUGGUUUUUGGUAUUCGUCAUGUCCGGGAGUUAUCAGUGUCGCCAAAUUUUGUCCUGUACUACUCUCCUGAAUUUCAAAAAUAUGCUGGCGACUUCAGUCCUCUCGACAGUCUGAGGAGCUUGAAGGUUUGUAUGGAAUUCACGGGGGACCAUAUGGAGGGUCUAAUAAAGCUACUCCAGCUUUCUCGUAAUCUUGAAGCUCUAUCUAUCCGAUUCACUGAGCACCCCUGGAAAAUCAGUUGGGAGUCCAGGAAAAUCAACGUCCCUAUGAUAUCGCACAAGCUGAAAGAAAUUGAGAUUUUCACGGGCGGCGGCCUGAAGAACUUGAUAGAGCUUAUCAGAUUCUUCCUUGAGAAUGGAAAAUCUCUGGAGAAGAUAAACAUCACGCAAAAGGAAGAAAUGCUUGAUCCGGAGGAGUUCUACUCAUUGCACAACGUUGAGUUAGCAUGUGAAUCUGUUUCGAUAUCCAUCGGUUUAGCUUCUGCUUCUGGAACAAUCAAGAUGGUCGACUUUUUGUAUUGGAAAUGUGGUUCGGGUACGGCCGAUCAAUGUAUCCAAUAUGGCCAGUAAAUCAAUUUUUCUUCUACUUGCUCUUUCUUAUCAUCAAAACAAAAAAAAGGUAGAUUAAUAAGGUGAACUGAUGACAUUAUUAUGUAUAACUUGCUAAGACCAUUUCUAUCUUUUGGAUAUGCUA